AUGACUAACCCUUGCAAAGCCUUCACCAGUGGCUCCCUCUCCUCUUGGGAGGUGUCAGGGAAGAUGAGCAGAGGAAAAGCAGCCAGCACGUCCCCGGAUCGCCUGGGCUGCUGCAGUCCCAACGGGUUGGCCAGCAAUGGCUACGGCUCUCUCAGCCCCCAUGGAGAUGGCAGAUACCGAUGCUCCUCUUACUCCUCCUUCUCCAUCGACGGGAGACUCCUGGCCCCCAUGCACCUCGAUAUCGACUCUGACUUCCAAACCAUGCGGCAGCAGGAGAAAGAGGACAUCAAGUUGCUCAACAACCAGUUCGUGACCCUAAUUGAGAAGGUCCAGUGCUUGGAGCAACAGAACAAGAUCCUGACGACAAGGUGGAACUUCCUGAAGGAUCAAGACAAUUCCCACUCUGACUCGGACAUCAAGGUUAUCUACGAUCAGUACAUGAGCAAAAUGAAUCAAGAGAUGAAGGCACUCAACUACGAGCAGGAAAAUCUCGAGUCGGAGCUGACAAAGGUCCUGAGCACCAUGGAUAACUUCCGAAGCAAAUACGAGGAUGAAAUUCGCCUCUGUAGUGGCAUGGAAUACACCUUCAUGGAGCUCAAAAAGGAUUUAGAUGUGAGCUCCUUGCACAGAACUGAGUUGGAGGUAAAACUCAACGGGCUCCAAGAGCUGAUGGAUUUGAAAAAAACCAUCUACGAGCAGGAACUCCAGGAGCUGCUGACAGAAAUUAAGGAUAUUUCUGUUGUACUGGGAAUUGACAAUGCAUGCAAACUUGAUCUGAGCAGAAUUGUGGAAGAAGUGAGGGCCCAGUAUGAAGCCCUGGCUCUUCGGAGCUGGGAGGAGGCCGAAGCACUUACCAGGAGAAAGCUGAAUGAAGGAAGCACCCAGUCAGGUACCUAUGGGGGUCACCUCCUUGACAGCCGACGGAAGAUCGCAGACCUGAACAUACAGAUCCAGAAGCUGAGGUCCUGCAUCGUGUCCCAAAAGAGCCAGUGCCUGUACUUAGAGGAGCAUAUCAAAGAAGCAGGAGAGCAUGGCGAGAUGGCCCUCAAGGAUGCCAAAGCCAAAUUGGUCAAGCUAGAAGAAGCCCUACAGAAGAGCAAGGAGGAUAUGGCUCAUCUGGUGAAAGAGUAUCAGGAGCUGAUGAACAUCAAGCUGGCACUGGAUGUGGAGAUCCUCACUUACAGGAAGCUGAUGGAAGGGGAGGAGAGCAGCAUGGAACAACCAAUACCCACAGUCAUCAGCACCAUCCACUCCAGACCAAAGCACCUUUCUGCCAGCACCUUGAGAAACUCCAAGCUGUUUGCAAGAGGAACAGGCAGCACCAACGGCGAGAUGAAGCCGAACGGAGGCAGCACAAAGAUACCGCCCUCUAGAAGGCACAGUGACAACUCAGCGACACCUGAAGCAGACGCCUUCAUCAGCGGUGCCCGGCCAAAGCUCAGUUCCCUGUCCACCGAAGAAUGCUCCUAGGAGAAACAGAGCCCCACAGCAUAAACACAAGACCCGUUGGCAUCUGUAGCCAAUUGAGGCCAAAGCACUUUCUCCUGAACUCAAGCCAACGUCCGAGGGACAAAGGAUGAGAAUCCACUCCAGGCUGUCUCUUUUAAGUUUGUCUUUACAACAUCCCAGUUAACAUCUCUGCUACCAGUUACAAGCAGAAACCAACCCAGGAUUUGAGAGACUCUCCCAUUCAGACACCCACACCAACAUCCUCCUCUCUAGGUCUGUUUCCCUAGAGGAUUUGCAUUCACAACCUUUGAGAUCUACCUAUAGGAAACUCGGCAGGAGGGGAAAGUAUUAUUACAUAAGCUUUUAAACACAGCAGCCAGAAGGCAUCAGCCCAGGCAUUUUACCAGCAUUACAAAAUCAUUCUCUCUGCUCUGUCCCUCCUCUGUGCGUCUCUGUGAGAGGUGUUCACUGAUGUGGCUUUCAAAGGAAGGCAGCAUCAAGCUUUCCAAACUGAGCUGGUGGGAGAUGCAGGUAAACAACCUGAGCCAGGUGGAUUUGCAACAUCUGGAUCUGCAUAUCUGGUGACAGACAUGCUGGCUGUACCGAGGGAUCCUUGGCCACUUCAGAGUAUUUAACAGAUUUUAUGGCCU